AAGCGCCUGAUUUUCAGUCAUCGUGAUUCUCAACUCUCCUAACUUUCCGAAAAUGUUUCGUUGCUGUAUUUACCUUCAUCUUGCCAUGUAACCAACAUCAAACUAAAGGACUGUGGGGAUACAUUCAGCUUGCAGCAAAAGUAGUAGUUUGUCAUGUCAUCUAAAGUUGUGUUAUUACGAAGAUGCCAGCGCAUCGUAUGAUGUUCUCCUCCACCAUCACCUUAAGUUGCCUUGAAGUCUCAUAGCGUCAAUAGGACCGCUUUUUACAGACGUUUCGCCUCACGACAUCUGCCCAUACCUCAUAACAUCGCACCAUGGGCUCUGGACUCAUCCAUAACUUCUUUGUGACUCACCCUGUUGUCGCGUCAUUACAUUAUGCCCCAAGCAUUUGGAUUGGGGUCUUGUGCGGGACUCCGCCUUUCAAAACGCACAAGAAUAUCGUUAGCGCAGCACCUUCUUAUUCCCUCCUUGACCUAAGUCGAAAUCCCCGUUAGUGUCGUCGCUGAAGGCUUUGAGGUCUGCCAAAAUGGCAGCUGUCGCAGUGCCGCAGGUUGCGAGGAGAGUGUUGACCCCAUACUGGUCCAACGGCGUUCAGAAGCUCAAGAUGGCCCCUCAACCACCUCCAAGACCUGCUCCCGGUCUAACUCCUCCUGCAUUUGACCAUGAGAUUCACAAGAUUCGCUCGCUCUCUCAACUUCGUUCAAAAGACAAGGAUAUCGAAAAGCACAUAUACCUGAACCAGCUCAAAGAUGCCGACCAGAACCUCUUCUUCAAGCUCUGCAUAGAAAACAUGGCUGAGAUCACCCCUCUAAUCUACACCCCAACUGUUGGGGAUGCCUGUAUUCGAUUUUCACACAACUACAGACGACCGGAAGGGCUGUUCAUCUCGUUGAAGGAUAAGGGGAAAAUUGGUCAGGUUCUGCGCAGUUGGCCACGGCCUGACGAAGCUCGCAUCUCUGUCGUGACUGAUGGUUCUCGUAUCCUUGGACUUGGAGACCUGGGUGUCAAUGGAAUGCCUAUCGCCAUUGGAAAACUGUCUCUUUAUGUUGCGGGGGCAGGAAUCCGACCAUCUUCUACUGUUCCUAUCUGUCUUGACCUCGGGACAAACAACAAAGAGUUCCUCGAAGAUCCUCUCUACCUCGGACUCAGGCAUCCUCGAGUACCUAUGGAAGUCAUGAAUGAGUUCAUGGAGGAAUUCAUGUCCGAGAUGUCUACCGUCUUCCCUAAUUUAGUCGUGCAAUUCGAGGAUUUCGCUACAGACAAGGCAUUCGCAUAUCUGGACGCAUUCCGUCACCGGUACCCUGUCUUUAAUGAUGACAUCCAAGGCACCGGCGCCGUCGUUCUCUCUGGCUUCCUGAAUGCCGCCAAGUUGUCAUCAGCAGCCUCUGGACGACCCUUGUCAGACCAUCGUAUUCUGUUCUUGGGCGCUGGUUCGGCUGGUGUCGGUGUAGCAAUGCAGUUGGUCAGCUUCUUCAAGCUUCAAGGUCUUUCUGAGGAAGAAGCGAGGGGGAGGAUUUACCUCGUUGAUUCGCAAGGCUUGAUAUUUGACGAACGUGGGCCCCUGGCUGAACACAAGAAGUACUUCUCUAGGAAGGACUAUACAGGUCCGCCUAUGACCGACCUCGUACAGAUUAUCGAAACUGUUCAACCAACCGCUCUUCUCGGUCUCUCCACCAUCAAGGGUGCAUUCAACCAAAAAGUGGUCGAAACCAUGUCUGCCCUAAACCCUCGCCCCAUCAUUUUCCCUCUCUCAAAUCCUGUCCGACUGUCUGAGUGCGAAUUCAACGAAGCCGUGGAGUGGUCAAAUGGCAGCGCUAUCUUCGCUUCUGGAUCGCCGUUCCCGGAACAGUCGUACAAUGGUAAAAUGCUCUAUCCCGGUCAAGGAAACAACAUGUAUAUCUUCCCAGGUCUCGGAUUGGGUACCAUUCUGUCACGUGCAUCCGCUGUCACCGACAGCAUGGUCGAAGCUGCAUCACUUGGACUCGCAAAUGCGCUCACUGAUGAAGAGCGUGCUCUGGAUCUCAUCUAUCCUCGUAUUGAGCGUAUUCGAGAAAUCAGUGGUGCGAUCGCCUUGAGCGUAAUUCGCGCUGCUCAGAAAGCUGGUGUCGACCGUUCACCCGACCUGCGCACUUUGAGCGAUUCUGCUCUUCUCGACGUUGUCGUUAGCAAGAUGUGGCAUCCUUAAGUGGACGUCGUUUCCAUCCUAUGCAUUUCAUUUUAUAGACGGCUCUCCUUUCCUUUUUCUCAGGUGGAUCACUGUAUGCCUUCUAAUUUGUAGAUCAGCUUAUUUAUGCAGGAAUACUUACUACGUAGACACAGCUCGUCAAUAGACAUGGAUUCAAGUACUGUUGUUAGGGCCAACGUUGCCAAUUGCGAUCGACGGAUC